AUGAGUGAUCUGCCACCUGCUAUGAACGCCAUGCUGGCGUCAGACGGCACAUUGAACAAGCUGGUGUAUAAGCAUCAAGAUGUUCACGAUCACUUGUUGGGCUACUAUGGCGCAGAGCAUCUUGAUAGGAUACAACGAGCACAGACUACAACUCAAUCACUUACAUGUGUACGAGUGAACACUAUAAAGACUACAAGAGAGCAGUUGAUCAAUGAUCUAUCACAACACUUUGGUUCAGCAUCAUCUCAAGCUGAAUACACCUUAGAGCCAAGUGAUAUUGUACCAUUUCAAUCACUACCUGGACCCAAUGACAAGCACUACAACAACGAUCUACAACACAAGGAACAAUUAGACAGGAUAGCAAACGAGGUCAUACUACUCCAGAACAGAGGACCAUUCAAACGAGACCCAAAGUACAAGCAGGUAGUUGUAGGUGCGACAUGCGGUGAGUCAGUACUAAGAGGAAGUAAUAUAUUCGCGCCAGGUGUAAUUGGAUCACACAAGUACAUAUCCAAGGGCGAGAAGGUGUCAGUGUUUGUAGACUUGGAUGGCAAUGGCAAACAUGGAUUCAUCGUGGAUGACUGCUAUAGGGAGAGAACAGUGUAUAUUGGCAAUGGUGUAUCAUUGAUGGAUAGAGCAGACUAUUUUAACAUUCCGAAUGGAGUGGCGAUAGAGAUGACUGAGCGUAUAUACCUGUGUCCGCCACUGAACGCACUGCUUCCCGAUCGCCUAUACCUCCAGCAUCUGCCCUCCGUACUGACAGUGUUCCAACUUGACCUGCCACAGGUGCCCGAGCAGAACAUGCGAGUGCUGGACAUGUGCGCCGCACCCGGUGGCAAGACAACACUGAUCGCCACGUUGAUGGGCAACAAGGGCACGGUGUUGGCAUUGGACAAGAACAAGAAGAAGCAGAUAAUCAUACAUCAGUUGUGCCAGCAGUUGGGCAUCACCAAUGUGCAGAGUCGUCUGAUGGACUCGGCCAAGCUGAUAAAGGAGCCACGCGACCCUGCCUUUGCCAACGAGUCGUUCGACAGAGUGCUGCUGGACGGGCCUUGCUCAGGCCUCGGCUCGCGACCAAGGUUCAUCGAGCUCAACACAUUGCUCGACCUAAAGAACGCGGUCGACAUCCAACGUCGACUGAUUGACAAUGCAGUGCCGCUGCUCAAGCCUGGCGGCGUACUGGUGUACUCGACCUGCACCAUCAAUCCAGAGGAGAACGAAUGUAAUGUCGCCUAUCUACUAUCUCGACAUCCUCAAAUGGAGCUACUGCCACAGUAUCCACACCUUGGCAGUGGCGGCCUGUCCAACUGCGGUCUGACGUCCGAACAAUGCUCUCUAGUGCAGCGAGUUGAUCCAUCCGACUCUUUGUCCACCAUUGGAUUCUUCAUUGCCAAGUUCAAAAAGAGAGUAGUGUGA